UUACUCAAUAUCUCUCACUAGUCUUUUCAUAAGGUAUUAUUUUCACUUCAGUGGCUUUGCAUGAAAUACUUUCGCGCUGAAUUUCACCAAUCUGCAUCUGAAGAGAUAGCGCUGGAGGUUUAAAUAGAGUGGAAUGGGCAAGACUCGGUUUGGAGGUUUACAAGCUUAUGCGUCUACUUACUUUAUUACAUAGUCAUAUAGCUGAGGUCAGGGUCUGUCACUUUUUAUGCAGCCGGGAUUAGUGGCUAGACCCACACAGUGUACUGCCAGCUCCUCCCUUUCGUCACGCUGUCACCAUAGGUUUUGUCAUGUUUGCCACGUUGCCUUAUGUUUUUUUUUGCUUUGAUGUACACUUGAACUUCUUUACAAAAGUUAUUUUGUCCGCUGAAGUAACCCUUUUGUUUGACUUCGUCAUCAACUGAACUCCACCCACACCUCUUACUUACUCAGCAUCUUUCACUAGUCUUUCACAAUGGAUACUAUUUUAAUUUCAGUGGACUCAGGAUAUUAUCUUACUGAAUUUCACCAAUCUACAUCUGAAAGGAUAGCAUUGGAGGCCUAAAUGGAAUGGAAUGGGCAAGUUUACAGGCUCUGUUCCUGCUGGCUUGUUUAGGAGAUUUUGUACAGUUGGAACGACUAUGAAGUACUUGAGCCAAGAAGAGGCUCAAAAUAUAGAUUUAGAGUUAUUUAAUGAGUAUUCGUUUAGUGUAGAUCAGCUGAUGGAGCUCGCAGGACUGAGUGUGGCUGUAGCACUGACCAAGGCUUACCCCAGAGGACAAGAUCAUCCAAAUGUUCUUAUAUGUAGUGGACCUGGAAAUAAUGGAGGGGACGGAUUGGUAGCAGCCAGGCAUCUCAAAUUGUUUGGAUACAAUCCAAAGAUAUAUUACCCGAAGAAGUCAGAAAAACAGCUUUUUAAGAAUCUAGUUACGCAGUGUGUGAGGAUGGACAUACCAUUCAUGGAUGAUAUACCAAAACCUUCACAGAUUGAUUCUGACUACAAGUUUAUUGUGGAUGCCAUAUUUGGUUUUAGUUUUAAGGGAAAUGCAAGACCACCAUUUGCGGAUGUAUUAUCGGCCUUAAAAGAAGUUACAAUUCCUGUUUGCUCAGUUGAUAUUCCUUCAGGAUGGCAUGUAGAAAAUGGAAAUCCAGAUGGGAUAAAACCAGACUUCCUCAUAUCUCUGACAGCACCUAAGCUUUGUGCAAAGCACUUUGAAGGAAGAUUUCACUUUCUUGGAGGGAGAUUUGUUCCUGAUUCACUAGCACAAAAGUACAAUUUGUCUCUCCCAGAUUAUCCUGGAACAGAACCAUGCAUGCUGCUGUAGACAAAAUGUCAACACAUUGAAUAGCUCAGUGACAUUGUUGAGAAGUUUCAUUUGUAGAAUUCAGAUAAAAAACAGAAGCAGUGGGAAGAUUGUGACCAUCGAGGAGAGUGGAUUUGGUUGUCACAGUGCUUUCUUUCAGUUUCCUCUAGGGUUUUUCCAUUAUGGAUUUCCUCUGGUAAGGGGACUUAUUGCCUUCAAAAGGAGCAGUAGGAACUGUGCAGAGCCACAAACGUACCUGAAAAACUGAAUAUUUAAUACACACAGUGCCAGUAUCUAAAGGAUGUGAAUAUCACUCAUAUAAACUUGUAGUUUUCUCUUCUUCAGGAAUGAAAGAUAUUUGUGAUUUGCAGCUGCAAAAUAAAAUCCUUUCAUCUUAAUUUUACUUUCUGUAAAGCAGAUGUAACCCAUCUUGUUUGAACAGCAGUAAUAAACUGCAAACAUCCACUGA